AUGGAGUACGGUUGGGUGUUGGAUGAGGAUAGCGCAGACAGCGCCUGCCAACAGCACCACCACCAACAACACCAUCACCACCAACAGCAGCAGCACCAACCACCACCACAGGCGCGCCGCAUCAACCCCACAGGCCAGAGCGACUUCACGGACAGCGAAGCGCUGUACAUCAGCCAGUUGGCAGAGUUCAUCAACGAUGUCAACGACACCAAUACCAACUACUUCACGGAGAUGCUGACGCCGGAGGCCAGCCAGCAAAGGGUGCUGGCGGCCGCAACGGCGGCGGUGGCAGACCCCAGUGGCAGCCCCUCACACCAACCACCCAGCAGGAGGGUGCCUGCAUCCCCCCAGCAACAGCAGCAGCAACAACAGCAACCACCACCUCCACCUCCGCCACUUGCCGCCUAUGCCCACCCUCACAGCUUACCAGACAGCCCCCCAGAUUCUGGAUCUGAGCCACCAUACUCCCCUCCAGAUCCAACGACCAGGACGUCUCAUCAAAAACAGCCAUCCCACGCACAGCCUAUAUCGAGUGUUAGCCUGGCACAGGAAUUGUUGCUUCAUCAGCCCCACCUACAUUCACACCAGCACCACAGUCAGCCAUCUCCAGCUCCUCCAUUGUUCAUGCCACACAUCGGACUACCAGGUGGCAAGGUACCACAACAGACUCUAGCAGUGGGUCAUGUGGGAGAAGCAGCUGCUACUGCUGCCUUGCUUGUGGCACAACAGCAGCAGCAGCAACAACAACAACAGCAACAGCAGCAGCAACAAACUCCUGCCAGCCCGCGGCCUGCUUCGUCCACAACACCAGCUCAGCAGCAGCAAAUACCAGUCAUUGCAGGUCUGGUGCCUGGACCCCCCACACUGGCUCUCUCCCCGGGUGGAGACCACGUGACUGCCGUGUAUUCUGACCUGCAAGCCUCGGCAUCUGCGACCCCACAGCCCCCCCUCCCAAAGAAGAGGCGCCUUAAUGAGGAUGGCCUGCUUGUGAAACAAGAGCCAGAGUUGUCGCCAGAUUCCAACUCAAAUCAAACAACAUUUUUGGAUGAUGACUACAGUUUAGAUGUAUCUGGAGAUUCUGGAAUGUACCAGCAAUGCAUUCGAUUUCAGCCUUUCCAGCAGACGUCUUGGCAUAUGUUGUGUGAUCAGAAUCUCAAAGAACUGGGUGUAACAACAUACCGGGUUGAUGCUGAUAAGGGUUUUAACUUCUCAAACCCAGAUGAAGCCUUUGUGUGUCAGAAAAAGAAUCAUUUUCAAAUUACUUGUCAUGCACAACUGCAAGGUGAUGCCCAGUUUGUGAAGACAGCUGAAGGGCUUAAGAAGAUUAGCAGCUUCCACUUGCACUUCUAUGGAGUGAAAGUUGAAUCUCCAUCACAGACAAUCAAAGUUGAACAGUCCCAGAGUGACAGAAGCAAAAAGCCAUUCCACCCUGUGCCGUUUGACCUGCAGGGGGGAAAGCAGAACAAAAUGACUGUUGGUCGGUUGCACUUCAGUGAAACUACAUCCAACAACAUGCGCAAGAAAGGAAAGCCAAACCCAGAUCAACGGUAUUUCUACCUCGUGGUGGGCUUGCAUGCACACACUGCUGAUGGUGCCAAUUACCCAAUCAUUUCCCAUUCAUCAGAACGCAUCAUUGUCAGGGCCUCAAACCCUGGCCAGUUUGAGAGCGACGUGGAGUUGAGCUGGCAGAAGGGCCACACGCCAGACUCAGUCUUCCACACAGGUCGUGUGGGCAUCAACACAGAUCGGCCAGAUGAGGCUCUGGUCGUGUAUGGAAAUCUUAAAGUUACUGGCCACAUCAUGCAGCCCAGUGAUCAGAGGGUCAAGGAAAGUGUACAAGAGUGUGAUACUCGUAAACAACUCCACAAUGUGAAGCAGCUUAGAGUAGUGAGAUAUUGUGUAGCACCAGAAUUUGCUCAGCAUGCUGGCCUUACAGGAUUAGAUGUAACAAGCUGUACACCUGUAGUUGAUACUGGUGUCAUUGCUCAAGAGGUGCAGCAAGUAAUACCAGAUGCAGUCCGACCGGCUGGGGACAUUGUUCUUCCUUCAGGGCAACGUAUUGAAAACUUUCUUGUUGUAAACAAGGAACGCAUCUUUAUGGAAAAUGUCGGUGCUGUGAAGGAACUGUGCAAAGUCACUGAUAAUCUUGAAACAAGAAUUGAUGAACUGGAAAGAAUGAACAAGAAACUUGUCAAAUUAAAACGCUUGGAUAGUCUGAAAAGCACAGCCAGUAGCAUCUCAACAGUAACCAGUAAAGCAACAAACAUUUCCGUGAGACAUAGGCGCUGUCAUCACAAGGAAGAAGUUGACUCAUUGCCAUGGUCCAAUAAAUUCAUCCAGAUAACAAUCAUAGUAUUAGUUCUAAUUAUGGCACUGUGCCUUGUGGCAAUGGCAACGUUAUAUUUUCUGGAAAUACAAAGGAGGCCUCUAGGUAACUUCUACCAUGGGAAAAAUUCAAGUCAUCGUCAUUCUCAUGCACAUUCAGUAGCACCUGCAGCAGCCUUCAGCACAAGGAUACUAGAUCCAAAGGUCCUUCCAACUGCUGUACCUGUUCCUGGCACUGGGUUACCUAAUAACAUCUUGCCACCUGCGCCCAUGAUGCCUGAAAGUAUUCAACGAGUUCCUAAAGCCAAAUUGUUGGAUCCAUCUGGCAAAAGCAGUACAGAAGCACUGGGCAGUGGUUCCAGGCAACCUGUGUUUGCUCCUCUCUCACUGUCAACAGCCACUCUGGAUGCCGCCACACUUCCUCACAACUGGAAAGUGGAUCCUCCUGUCAAUAACCAUGUCAGUGGGGAGUUCAUUGACCCACCACUAACUGGCUCUCGGCUUACACCAUCACCGAUUGGAAGGCCACCGCACUGCACAAGUGAUGCAGAGAUGGAACCUAAUCUGUGUUAUCCUAUUUGUUGUGAUGCUUCUCAUUAUGAGAAUAUGGACCAGCACAUUGACGUAUUUCCUGCAGUAUCAAGUGGGAGUGGACAAACUCCACUUUCUUCUUAUCGUUAUGUGCAUUUUGACCACACCAUCAAACCAUUUGUCACAGAAACAGCAGCUACCGUUCCUGUCAUUCAUCCUAAGAUGGCUAAAAGCACACAUUCAGCACCAUCUCAGGAACCUACUCUGAGCUCUAUGGAGAAAGAGGGAAGUAAACCUAAAUCUGCCAAGCGGAAUCAAAGAGAGGCAGAUUACCUGAAUGAAGUUACUGCUGAGACUGAGCAGCCCACAAUAAGCUUAGUGGGAAGCAACUUCAAUCAGACAUUGACACCAGCGUUCCUUUAUGAAAAUGCUGACCUGUUUUCAAAUGAUUUGAGAGCAUGGAACCACACUUACAUAAUACCACUGAGUAAAUAUUUGACUGAUAACUACAUUGAGUUACGUUUUCAGCACACCCAACAAGUGGAAGCCUGCAUUGUGGGGGAGCCAAGGUCAGUGUGUCCCAGAGCACUGGGUGGUUCCGACCUCAGAGCACCUGACGAGCGGAUGAGUGAGGUCCAAGCCCAGGGUCCUGGCCAAGUUCAACCUCCUGCACAGGGGCAGAUGCAAAUGCAGGAGCAAGUGUUCCACAUCCCAGUGCGGUCUUUUGUCCGAGCAAUGUACCGUUAUCGAAUUCCUACUAUAAGGCCUCUCAAUAAGCUGUGUACGCGAUCAGCUGAAGUCCCUGAACUUACUUUCUUCGAGUACAAUUUUGUUUUCUAUAGAGAUUGUGCUGAGUGAUGUACAUGGAGCAUUCAAUACUCAUAGUUGACAUACAAUUUGUGGUUGGUAUGUGGCAAUAAAAGAGAAUUGUAUUGUUGGAAA